CAAUGAUUAAUUAUUGCAGCUGUUGCAUGGUUAGUUCUAUCAAUGGACUGGACAUUACACAUAACUGAUGAUUUUGAUUUCCGACCUUGGCGUAUUUUAAUCCUAUUUAAUUUGUUGCCUGGCUUCAUCGCAUCUUUGGUUUUGACUCAAUUACCAGAAAGUCCAAAAAUGUUACUUGCGUUAAGUAAAGAAGAAGAAGCUUUAAAUGCAAUCAAUUGGAUCUGCAGGCGUAACACUGGGCGUCCAUUAUCGGAUCUAAAAGUUUUUCAUUUAAAAACAGAAUCACAGCCGAUACAAGAAAAUGUACUGAUCAUAAGUAAAUCAGCUUUAACUGCAUUUAAAAAGAUGUGGAGGGAAACGAAGCCACUUUUUAAACGACCACAUGUCCUAAAUUUUAUCAUCUCCUGUGUCGUCAUGUGUGGCGUUUUCUUAAGCUCUACUGGCAUGGGUCUGUGGUAUCCUGAGAUACAAAAUCGUGUGGGUGGAACAAAUGAAAAAUUAACUGUUUGUAAAGUCAUUGAUGCGUCAAUAGAAAAGAAAUCGAAAAUUGGCAACGAAACUUUAUGUGAUGAUACUAUCAACACAAAAAGUUAUAUAGAUUCUAUUACAUAUGGCUUAACGUACGUUGCUGGCUAUAUAAUACUGGGCAUCAUCAUAAACCCUAUUGGCAGAAAAGGUGUGAUGAUUGGUGCCUUAUGUUUAUCCGGUUUGUGUGGUAUUGCGUUAAAUUGGCUAGUACAGCCCAUCAGCAUUGUUGUGGUCUUUUGUUUAUUUUUAAUGUUGCCUGGCUUAUGCAUUUCAGUAUUGAGUGGCGCUGUGGUGGAUUUGGUGCCCACACAUUUGAGGGGUAAAGCGGUUUGCAUUUGUUUAAUGUUGGGACGUUCCGGCAGCGUCAUUGGCAGCAAUAUUAUCGGGGCCCUUCUCGAGUCAUAUUGUGAUUUGACUUUUAGUUUAUUCACCGGCUGUGUACUAUUGUGUGCAGCACUAACGCUGGUUCUGCCCAUAUAAACAUCAUUAUUCGUUUUAUAAUAGCAAACUCUUUAAUUUAAGUAUUACAAUUAAAUUUUUUAUAAUGUUAACAAAUUUAUAAUUAAGUUAAAAAUAAAGAGAGUGCAAUGCACUCAUAAAUUAUGCACGUUUAUUGUGUGUGUAAAAAUA